AUGUGCGACAGCAAACCCUUGAUCAAAUGCCCACCGAAGAUGGAUUUCAAACUGAAUACUUCGGUAUAUUCGUGGGCCCAAAUUAAAAAAAAUUACGCGGUUACACCACUGUUGGCUUUGCAAUUGGGUGCAGCGGGUGGAAUUUUAUUCAUGAUUUACCACAGAACAUUUGUUACAACCAUCGACGUACAAAUGGGUUAUCAACGCUGGGAGAUGGAGUCCAAGCCGAGAUUCAUUGACCUGAGAAAUCCACGCUCACUCAAGCUGAUCAAGGACAAGCCUGCACCGGCCAUUGCACUGGACAAUCGUUAUCGUCUUAUGCGAAACGAGCCGAUGUACGACGCCAACGGACAAGAGACCAACGAGAUUGGAACUGAUGAACCUGAAGUGACCGAGGAAGAGGUUUACCAAAAAUAUGGCGCAAGGAGAAAUCUGUAGCUUCAGGAGCCAAAAAAAAACAUGAAACAAAACCAUCAAUUUACAAGUACCAUUAUCAAUACGCCAACUAAAGUUGAGUGAAGUAUCUUCUUGAUUAAUUCAAACGGUUUUCACAUGCUCCUCGUGGUUUCUGAAAAGUCGACAUUGAUCUCGAAAACAGAGAACCCCUUGUUUGGUAUCGUUGACUGGAGUUCAUCUCUGAACGUCUGUAACUCGUGAGCCUUUGAAGCUCAUCAGUGCAGAAGAUAAGCCAGCGCACUCAAAACAACUCGAGUGUAUUUGCAACACGAACGAAAUUCCAAUAAAACUUACAUGAUUUUUCAAUUUUAAUUAGCCCUAGAUCUGCGGGCGAACUCGAUUUGUCCAACUAUUUACAAAUAUUGAAAGUAGAAAAACUGGAUACCGCAUUUUAGCCACAAGAAGUAUGAGUUCAGCAUUUGGUUACAUGACCUAUUUCCCCAGCGUGUAGUGGAACGAGUUCUAACGUACAUAGA